UUGAGUUGCCGCCAAAGUCAAGAUUUGUGACCAGUCAAAAUACUGAAAACAAGAAUGGUUUGGUUAUAAGCACAUAAGUUUAUACAUGGGUUCCAGUGGAAGUAAGAGCAAACCUGAACCAAAUUCAAGUAACAAUGCUGGCCCCGAGUCCACUCAUAAAGACAACAAAUCUGAAGGUUCCACAAGUUUGCCACCUCUGAAUCCACCACAGAGCACAGAGGAUAAAAAGAUGACCACUGCAACCAGUAGUGUAACAAAACUGUCUGAAGUUUCAAGCUCAACAAGUCAACAAAAUCAGAAUGAACAAAGUAAAAGCAAGGGAAGUAAUUCAUCAGAUUCUAAGGAGGAAACAAAGGGAGAUAAUUCUCAAACAGUAGUGGAAGAUGAUUUUAUUGAACCAGAGGACCAAAGGAAGUUUGAUGAAGCUGUGGGUUGUGCAUGUGUUCUUAUUAAACCGGAAAGUUUAAUGAAAAAAGUGACAAAAAAUAUAACAAAACUACAAAUGUUCAGAGCAUUGCCAGUGAAUUAUAAUUUUUAUGAUUUCCUAUCCAAGUUGUCAAAUUUACAGGAAAUUGACAUAUCUAAUAAUAACAUAGGACCACACUCAUUCAGGAGUAUCUGUUUAGCAAUGUGUAACAAUGCGACAGUGUCUAGUCUAAAUAUAGCAGAUAAUAUGGCUGAUACAGAUAGUGCUGAAUGUUUGGGUAAAAUGUUAACCCAGAAUAAGACAUUGGUGUACCUGAAUGUGUCAAGCAAUUCCCUUGGCAAAGAUUACUUCUCCAGAUGUGUGGGACCAGCGCUUAAAGUGAAUACAACACUCAAGACUCUAAGAGCCCAGAAUCUAGGAUCAUCAGACAUGAAGGUGUUUAUGGAAGGGUUGAUGGAAAAUACAGCAAUAACAGACAUUGAUCUUAGUAAUAACGCCUUGUCUGACAGGAUGAUUUUAGGCAAGGGAUUUGGGGAGAAAUUAAAGAAUCCUAGCUGUUUCCUGAAGAGUAUUUCCUUGGCUAACUGUGAGAUAAAUACAGCAGGGAUCGAUGCCUUUAUACAAGGCUAUGAAUCUAACACAACGUUAGAGGAGCUUAAUCUCAAUGGUAAUCAGUUUGAGUCAUUAAAGAGACUUGGAAAACUGGUAGUUUUGGCAAUGAAUUCAUCCACCAUGAGAAAUCUUAGCUUGGAUAUUGUCCGAGUAAAAGACAAAAAUAUAUCUACAACAGAUUUGAAAAUAGAUUUAAAAGAAGAUCACACAUCACAGCUACAGAUUAUCAGUCUUAAUGACUGUAGCCUGACUGACAACUUCUGGGCCUGUGUUGAAGAGGUUUUCCAAGGGAGAAAAACCCCCUUGUUUGACAUUAAUAUUGGUUCUAAUUCAGAUUUAUCACCAAAGUGUUUUGACUCAAUCCUAAAGCUAACAUCAGAUGGAGAAGGUAUCAGUACUUUAAGAAGAAUAAACUACAGUUUAAACAAUCAGUGCAAUGGUCUGUCAGAGAAGUUAGAAAAAUUUCAGGAUCUGCAGUAUGUCAACAUUAGACGAUGUAGGAUUAAAGAUCUCCAACAGAUGGCAGCUGUGUAUACAACAGGGAACCUGACUACACUGGUACUUGAUGGUAUCAAGCUGGCUUCUACUGAUACAUUGCAGGCUUUAAUGGGGAAUGUUGUUGGAUCUUCUUUAAGAACUCUAAGUUUUGGAGGAUGUUCCCUGUCUGCCUCUGACAUAGCUCCUUUGUGUCAGGCAAUAAAGAAAGGGUUCCAGCUACAUAUGUUGAAACUGUCAGCCAAUCGUUUAGAAGAUGAGGGUGUGAUUGACUUGUCUCAAGCUGUUGUUAGCUGUAAGACACACACUUUAGCGGUCUUAGAUUUAUCAAGCAACACAUUUACAGACACUGGUGCUUUAAGUUUGUCAAAGAUCUUUUCCACAAAAAGUCACAAAUCUCAGUUACAUAGUCUCAAUGUCAGUUCAAACAAUAUUGGUAAAGAAGGACUUAUGAGCUUGGUAGCAAUGGUUGGUGGGAAGUCUCCGUUACGUUCUCUUCAUGCACAAAAUCAAACAGAAGGUUUGAAAGAGUCGGAAAUGACAGAAUUAUUUACCAAACUUGCAUCAGUAUUAGGAUUUAAUAUAAAGAAAAUAGGAGCCAGUACUUCUGAUCUACCAAAUUUACCUGAAGGAUUACUGGUCAACUUAUCAUGGAUGGGAGGAAAUCCAGGAGAGACAGGAGCCAUGCUUGACAGUCUAAGAAUACUUACAGAUUAUCCUAAUGAUAAAAUACCAACCAUGACUUUUGGACAUAUACAAGAACUAUGUGCUUGGUUAAAACAUACAGGAAAUAAUGUAUGUGUUUGGUCAAGUGAAGAGUGGGGACUGAUAACAGGGUCAGGUCGACCUACUACAGAUGCACCAUCAUGGCUGCAGCUUGAAGCAAAGAGAUCAAAAGCUUUGUAUCUAAGUAACUUGCCUGGUAACACAACACAGCAGAAAAUGGAUGCUAUGUUUGAAAUGGAUGCUGAUUGUAAUUUGGAUGAAGUUUGUCUGAUGAAGGACCCUGUAACUAGGAGUAUAAAUGGUACAGGUUGGGUUACAAUGGUGGAUGAUCAGUCUGUACAGAAAGCUUUAAACUUUUUUCAUUCUGGAGAGGCAAAAGUAUUUGGUCAGCCUUUCAAGAUCUCUAAAAUUAACAUUAAAGUAGAUGAUGAAGCAAACUCAUUAGCAGAAGCUCAGGCAAAAGAGGACUUUGAGUUGAGACAGAAACAAAAACAACAAGAGGCUAAAGAAUACAGAUCUAUGAUUCAAAGAACCACUGAAGAAUCCUGGAAACGUCAUGCCUAUAGACUAGCUCAUCCUGCUUACGCUGAUGGAAGAAUAUGGUGACAACCUGCAAUGAUGCAUACUUUAUAUACUAAUAAAUUAAAACAUAUCUAAAAUAUGUAAUCUUCUACAGUUGUGAACAUUCACGGUCCUACUUCUUGUUGAUACUUACAUUACAGGUCAUACUAAUUUUGCCCUUUCAACCAAUCAAUGGUUGAGUGAGUAACACUUUUAUACGUCUCCUGUGCCCACUCUUUUAAGUGGACAUGAUAUUUCUUUUUUUUAUGCCCUUACUGCAGCCGUGGGUCCGUCACCAAAUUGUUUUCUGUUUUCUAACUUGAGAUUGCCUCAACCAAAUGUCAUGCAACUUAUGUACAAUGCUUAUGUUUUGAUCAAGAUUGAAUUAAAGUUUCACCUGCUCAAACAAUUGAUUGGUUGAAAUGACAAAAUUCCUGUGUCACCACUUAUACUGUUCUAGAGUUAUGCCACUUUACAAAUUGGAAAAUUGCUGUAUUCAUUUCUGUUCUGUAACUUAGGUUUGCCUCAACCAAAUGGUAUGAUACACAAUGCUUAAUAUUACCACUAAACCCAGAUCAGUUUGGAAUUUGGGUGUUGUCACUUUUACAGUUCUUAAGUUAUGUCCCUUUAUAAUGUUAUAAUCAAGUGGGGUCAUCAUCUGUGGCCAAUGGACAUAUUCUCUAAUUUUUCUUAAUAAUAAGACUUUAUUAUUCGUUACCUUGCAAAAGUACGAAGUUUUAAGCUAUUGUAUUAAUUGUUUUGACUGGAUCUUAUGUUCAGUUUGAGUGGACAAAGGAAAAACCAUCUGAAUUGUAUAUUGAAUUAUAGUCAUUUCGUACCUUAACCAUUUCGUACCCUGACCAUUUUGUACCUUGACCAUUUCCUACCUCAUGGAAUUUUAACAUGUAUAUCAUUUUGUACCUCAUGGAAAAUUUAUAUGUAUACCAUUUUGUACCUAAUGAAAGUUUAUAUGUUUGCCAUUUCGUACCUAAUGAAAGUUUAUAUGUAUGCCAUUUCGUACCUCAUGAAAGUUUAUAUGUAUGCCAUUUCG